AUGGCCCAAUCUCUGGGAGCCACAAGAGUUGACGCGUAUGUUGACUCUUUACUGGUCAAUAAUCAAGUAAACGAAACUUACGAGGCCAAGGACGAAUCAAUGGCAAAGUAUUUGGCUAAAACAAAAGAGCUCAUAGCUUUCUUUGACAAUGUCACGCUUAAUCACGUCCACAGAGGAAAAAACCAAAUAGCAGACGCCUUGAGCAAACUUACUACUUCGGGUAUGGAAAGAGAAGUAAAGGUAGAAACAUUGAAAAUGCCUUCUACUGAACCCCGGGAAGUUUCCGCUAUCACGGCAGAAGAACCCUGUUGGUACACUCCAAUACUAAAGUUCCUCACAAAGGGUGAAUUACCUCCCGCCAGGGGCGAAGCCCUAAAGAUCCAAACCAAGGCAUUGCAAUAUGAAGUCAACAAUGGCGUCCUAUACAGGAAGUCAUACUUGGGACCACUACUACAGUGUGUAUCCAUAGUAGAGGCAAAAUAUCUAAUCCAAGAAAUACACUCGGGCAUAUGUGGCAUUCACGCAGGACCCCGGGCAGUUGUUGCCAAAAUCCACAUCGCCGGGUUUUAUCAUGAUUAG